AUUUCUGCCUUGUUGGAAGGUGCUUUCAUCGGAAACGCAGUGUGGCAGUAGGCGGUAUCAGCGAACAAACGGCAAAUAGACACCCAAACACCACGGGACCCACUCACUCGUUUGGUAUUUUAACUUCUGGGGCUAAAACGUGACCGAUUUCCUGCAGAUGUCAGUCACUGAAGACCUCCCAGACAUGGAGGGGACAGACCUGUUAGGACUGCUCUUCCAAGAUGGUGCAGAUGGAUCCACAGAGCCUUUGUUUUCUGAUGGGAAUGAGCUCAUUGAAUCCUGGCUGUCUGAACAAGAUAUGCUGCCUGGUUUGGACACUGAAGACUUCCUGUCCAGCCUGUUGGACGAGGACAUGGAUGCAAUCUGCCCGUCUCACUCUCCUCUGGGCAGUGACAGUGGCAUCUCAGAUGACAGCAGCGGAGGGGGGCACCACAGCCACAACAGCCCCCACAGCAGUGACAUGGUGCCCAGCCCAAGCUACUCCCAGCCCAGCCCGGUGCACUCAGAGCCUGGCCCCUUCACCCCCACAGACUUCCACACGGAGAGCCCCGAGGCGCUGAUGGUGCAGGCCGAUCACAGCUACUCUCUACUGCAGGGGCCAGACAGGGACAUGGACGAGCUGCAGAGUGUCCGUGCCGAGAAACUGGACACAGAUGUCUUCAUUGAUUUAGAUGACCUGGUGGGUGAGGCCAUGGAGGGAGAGGAGGACGUCACCAGUGAGUUGCCUUGUACUCUGGAUGUGGAGGACAUGGCCGAAGACUCGACUCAGCUCAAACAAACAGAGCAGUUCCAGUUCAAAGAGAUUGUGCUCACAGAGGAGGAGAAACGACUUCUGGCCAAAGAGGGUGCCACUAUUCCAACACACAUGCCUCUCACAAAGGCUGAGGAGAGGACCUUGAAGAGAGUACGGAGAAAGAUCCGGAACAAGCAGUCAGCUCAAGAGAGCCGCAAGAAGAAGAAGGUCUAUGUGGACGGACUGGAAAACAGGGUUGCCAUCUGCACAGCACACAACUUGGAGCUGCAGAAGAAAGUCCAGAUGCUCCAAAAACAGAACAUGUCUUUGGUCGAGCAGCUGAAGAAACUCCAGUCCAUGGUAAAGAUGUCCACAUUGAAAGCCAGCACCACUAGUACAUGUGUUAUGGUGUUCCUGUUAUCCUUCUGCCUCAUCAUCUUUCCUUCUGUCAAUCCCUUUGGCAGCAAACCAGAACAAAAAGAGCUGUACACCCCGUCCUCAGUCAUCUCCAGGACCUUGCGCUCCCUGCCUCCGGACAGCGAUUCCAUCCCAUACCUCGAGCCUGAUGAUGAAGAACCGCUCAUCUUAAUGACCCAGGAAGUAGAAAAUGUAAAAGCUAUCUUUGCCGGAGGUCAGAAGAACCACACUCCAGACUAUCAGCAAGUAGAGCAGCCUGACUCAGAAACAGGUGUCAACAGCAACUCAUCUGCGGACUUCCCCAACCCCAACCAGGCUCUGGAUAUCAAACCAGGACAGGCAGGUGGAGGGGGGACACUCCAGGAAGGUCCAAUAGAUAAAGUGUCUGCCUCUGCUGUUGCUUACGAGGUACAAAACUCGAAAGAGAACUGGAUAGAAAGAAAUCCCCCAUCUGUCAUACUACAACAACACCGUUCAGAUGAGAUGUAGUAGUUGAGGUGGAUCAGCAGAGGGAGCCAUAUGAUUUUAGCUAGGGAAGUUUGUAAAAAGAUGGAAGGGAACUAUAUGGUAUCUAGAGUCAUGUUUCUAUCUAUGCUACUUCCCCCUUUUAACCGCCUUUUGAUGUACUACUGUUACUUCAUUUGCACUUUGGUCUACCUUGUUUGGCGAGGCAGGAAACGUUGAGAUUCCCUAGUAUCAGUACUGUGUAGGCUACCUAUGAAAAGCACUCUGCUGAGAAGGAAAUUGUGUAAACAUCACCAAAAAAGAGAAUGCAAACGUGUCUUAGAGUUUAUUAAAUGAAGUUAUAGCAAUCAUGUCCAUGCCAUAAAAUUACAGGGAUAACUUUGUUAGACUUGAAGGGGUAACUAGGGCUGCACCAGUGUAGAAAAACUUUGUAUUUUAAAUAAUGCAAGUAGUAUGAUCUUCAGACUAAAAUGGUAGUACAAUAUUGACUUCAUAUCACUAUUGAGAUCAAAGAAAGCUAUGACAAGGUGGCUACUGGAUACCCAACCUCUGGCAUUAUUUUAACUAGCCAUUUUACUAACAGUUAGCUAAACCUUAUCUUAAUAUAAGACUUUAGGCACAAAGCCUAGAACAAAAUUAUUUCUGAACUAGCACUUUUUAUAUGAACAUUUUAAUUUGUUUGGAACUUAUUCAGGGAAAUAAUGACUUUGUUACAGCUACAUGUUUGUGUUAUGUAUUUUGCUGUAACAUUAAGUAGUUAGUGCAGCCCUGGUAGGUACCCGGCCCUCAUUAAUCGUAGAAGAAUGCUGCUUUAACCUCAUGAUGCUUGACCUAAAGUGGUUAUUGGACCACUGUGAUGCUUCAGCCAUUGCAGGACAUUUGGCCAUGUAGAAGACUUGUAAAGGUAUUAGUAAUUCCCUUGUAACAAGGGUGUCAUGCUUCUUUCAUUUUUGGAAUGUUUCUUUGUUUUAUUUUUUUAUUUUAUUUUUAAUGUUGUACAGUGAAGCAAUGAGUAAUGCAAGCUCUAGUUUAAUCAGACGCCAAACCAUUGACCAUGCAGUAGUUGUCAGACCCUUAACUCUUUCUCCAACCGACACCUCUUGUACUUUCUAUGCUGUUCGUCUUGAUACUUGGCACUUGAAAAAGGGAUUUGAUAAAUAUGUACUCAGUAAAGUGUCGCAGUAAAGUAUAUUCAAAAAUGUAAUGACCUGUUUUUGUCAGUGAGGCAUUUUUGUUUUGUUUUUAUGAAUAUUUUCUAUGUUAUUAAACAUAAUCUAAAUGUAUUUGGAACUGACCUGUUCUAAUCAGUACUUAUGAGAUUUUACAUGUGGAUCAAGCACUGGCGUUUGACAUAGUGUAAAUAAGCUUCUAUGAUUGUAGCUCGCCUGUACAUUUGAAUUGUUUAUGUAUAAGACAUGUCUGAACAUCUAUAAUAAACCUUUUUUACAUCAACAAAA